GAAAACGGACGUGAGCCGGUAAAUCGUGCGCGAAAUUUGCAAUCGGAAAGGUUCGGAGCGUUGGUGAAAAAAAUUAGCACACGAGAUUGGUGACAAAAUGCGUUCUUUUGUGACUGUUUUGGCCACCGUGCUGGCCGUGUCCGUCGUAACGGCGGAAGUGUACUUCGAAGAAACUUUCAAAGAUGAUUCGUGGGAAAAGACCUGGGUCCAGAGCGAGCACAAGGGCGUCGAGUACGGAAAAUUCGUACGAACGGCCGGAAAGUUCUUCAACGAUGCCGAAGCCGAUAAAGGUCUGCAAACGUCGCAGGAUGCACGAUUCUACGCGCUGUCGUCAAAAUUUAAGCCGUUCACGAACAAAGACGAUACGCUCGUCGUUCAGUUUUCGGUGAAGCACGAGCAGAACAUUGACUGCGGCGGUGGCUACCUCAAGGUGUUCGACUGCUCCGUCGACCAGAAGGACCUGCACGGUGAAUCGCCGUACUUGCUCAUGUUCGGGCCGGACAUUUGCGGUCCCGGCACCAAGAAAGUGCACGUUAUCUUCAGCUAUAAGGGCAAGAACCAUCUGAUCAACAAGGACAUCCGGUGCAAGGAUGACGUGUUUACCCACUUCUACACGCUGGUCGUGCGGUCGGACAACACGUACGAGGUGCUGAUUGACAACGAGAAGGUAGAAUCGGGCAGCCUCGAGGAUGACUGGGACUUCCUGGCACCGAAGAAGGUCAAGGAUCCGGAGGCGAAGAAACCGGAAGACUGGGAUGACCGUGCGACCAUUCCGGAUCCGGACGAUAGCAAGCCGGAGGAUUGGGACAAACCGGAACACAUUCCCGAUCCGGAUGCCACCAAGCCGGACGAUUGGGACGAUGAGAUGGACGGCGAAUGGGAACCGCCGAUGAUCGACAACCCAGAGUACAAGGGCGAAUGGAAGCCGAAACAGAUCGACAAUCCGGCCUACAAGGGAGUCUGGGUGCACCCGGAGGUCGAUAAUCCGGAGUACGUCGCGGACAGCAGUCUGUAUCUGCGCGAGGACGUGUGCACGGUCGGUGUCGACGUGUGGCAGGUGAAGUCCGGCACGAUCUUCGACAACUUCCUCGUCACGAACGACGUCGAGGUGGCCAAGAAGGCGGCCGCCACCGUGAAGGCGACGCAGGAGGGCGAGAAGAAGGUGAAGGACGCCCAGGAAGCCGAGGAGCGCAAGAAGGCGGAAGAGGAGGCGGCCGCCGAAGAGGCUGCCAAGGACGACGAGGAUGCGGACGAUGACGAGGACGAGGACAAUGCGCUGCCCGGGGAGCCGACCGAGGUCGAUGACGGUCACGACGAGCUGUAAAGUGAAGACUUUUGUUAGGUAGCUAGCGUGUAGAGAGGGUGUGAACUUACGAAACAAGACAACAGGACGCGUGCCACUAGCAUUCCUGUGGAAUGCGGCUCAUUUCAGGACGACGACCAAUUGACUGCCACACAAACACACACACACAGACCCAACCGAAACAAAUCUCUCUCCCCCGGACGGACAGUCAGGAAUCUAGAGCGAGGACAAAUGAAUCGUAGGGGGAUAACAAUCGGAUCGGUUUUUGGGGCAAGAUUAUAGUCAGGCAGGCAGACAGGCAGCAAGAGAGACAAAAGUACCGACACGAGAACGGUGUGUAAAGGCAUUUACUAGAGAACUGGUCGCACUUGUGUGAGGUGCGCAAUAGCAAUUGUAAUGCAGCAACAAUCGUCGUCAAUCUCUUUCCGGCUUGAUCUCUGAAUGGUGUCCGGAGAAACACCAAACGUCGUGUGCGUUGAUCGCCGGGCAUUUUUUUUGUUACACCUUGUUUUGCGUGCAAUUUAUGAACGGUUUUUUUGCUAGUGGAAAGCGAUACACUCUCCAAAGCAGAGUUCCCGCCAGAGACGGGUACCAUCAUGGUAGUCAUUUGAAUCCUCGAAAGCGGAAAUCUCCUUCAAUUGAACGAGGAAAGAUUUGCGUUUUUAUAUUACAUUCUACGUUCUGUCUUUUGAGUGUAUGCCGAAUUAGGUUUAUAAGAAAUUGUAGACAGAAAGAAAGGGGGAAUAGAUAGAAAAACCGGAAGCGUAACAAAGUAGUUGGAAAAUGGACAAAGCAAACAAAAAACUGAAACAAAACCACAGACCGAACGGGAUAAAAUGCAAGAGAAAGUGAAAUAAAAGAAAAGAAAUGAUGAAAAAAAAUCAUAAAAAUA